AUUAGCACUAUUACAAUGGUUGCCGCGGUCGCUGCGCCAAAUACGACCCACAGUGAGGCUCGACAAGCAGCUCAGCAAUAUCUAAACACCCGCCUAGCUUCUGGAGCAGGAGCCAAGCUCUGUCGACCAUUCACAGUUCCAGAAAUCAACAUCAGCCGCUCGUUCUCGGACAACUUAAACGACCGCAAAGCCGUUGCAAAGGAAAUUCACGAUGCUUGUACCUCUUCGGGAUUCUUUCACAUCACCGGACAUGGUGUAUCAGAAGACACUAGACAAGGCGCCAUCGAUGCUGCGAGACGUUUUGCCAAGGAACUUCCACGAGAGAAGAAAGAAUCGCUUCACGUAAAGCAUUCAGAGUACUUUCGCGGAUGGGAGCCCGCUGAUUUCACCUAUGUCAACCCUGCAGACUGGAGCGCUGGAGACGCCGUGCCCGAGACCAAAGAGGGAUUCAACUGGGGCUACGAAGCUGGCUUGGACCCCUCAGGCGGCGAUGGACAGUACCGCGAGCUCGAUGGAAAGGACGUCAAUGGGAAUGUGUGGCCUAAGGAAGAUGACCUUCCUGGAUUCUACGAUGCGGUCAAGCAGUACUACGGAGAAAUUUUGCAGUUAGCACGACAUCUCUUCCGGCUCUUUGCCUUGAGUUUAGAUCUGGAAGAGCAUUAUUUUGACGCCAUGACGACCCAUCCUGGUGGAAUCGCCAGGCUUCUGUACUAUCCGGCGAGCAAAGAUCCUAGGCCUUUGGACCCGGUGCAGAAAGACAAGAAGAUUGGUCUUGGAGCCCAUUCGGACUAUGAGUGUUUCACAAUCUUGCUGUGCUCCACUGCAUCGGGACUUGAGAUUCUGAGCCCAGAAAAUGUAUGGGUACCAGCUCCAGUCGUUGAUGGCAGUUUUAUCAUCAACGUUGGGGAUUUUAUGAUGCGAUGGACGAAUGGGUUGUACAAUUCAACAGUCCACAGGGUGGUGAAUCGAACCAGAGACGAGAGGUAUUCGGUCCCGUUCUUCUUCUCGAUCAACUAUGAUCAAAUGGUGGAGACGCUGCCCAGCUGUGUGACUCCAGACAAGCCAUCGAAAUAUCCCCCAAUCAGAGCUGGCGAGUACGUGCUUGAGCGACUUCGAGCUACCGCCAAAGAUGGAUGAGCCGAGCUAGAGGAUCAUGAAGUGUCUGGUGUCGGAUCUGGAUGAAUAACAACUGUCGAGCAGCUGGAGAAUGCUUACGUGAGGUCGACAAGCGAAUUGUUUCGAGACCAGCACCGACAUGGAUGGCUUGUUGGGUCCCGGGUGAAAGCAGGUUAUGUGUCGUGCUGUGACCAUUGUUAUAUGCUCCCUGGCAGACACGAAACGAACGCGUCGGAUUGACUCACAGACGAGCGACUCUUGAUGUAUAUAGUUCGUAUACGCGUUCUUGUAGCUACAACGACUGAUCUACCAAC